GCGAACAGCUUUCUGGGUACUGGUGAGGUCAAAGGGUAAACCAAGAUGGCGGAAAGCGGAUGUUUGUUGAAUAGUUUUUCGAAGGAAUUUGAGGAUUUUCUUGGAAAUAGAGCACAGUGCAAAGACUUUAAGAAGCCAGGACGGUCCGUAUUACUAAAACAAAGUACAAAACUCAGGAAUGGAGACUUCGUUGUCCCGUCAGUUUUCGUAAAAGCGGCUUUUCCGGAGCAAGCGAAUCUUGAAAGUUUCCUAUCUUCAAAAGAAGCGACUGAGUCCCUGUUGAGCUUAAGUCUACCUGUACAGCAUCUAAGCACAUCAGCCGAUGGCAGACUCUGUGUCAAACUUUCCCAGCCUCUCACAUUCCACAAGGUUCUUUCCAGUGUGGAAAAGCUGAAAUCAAACUAUGGGUGCCUACAUAGCAGUGGAGAGAAGGUGGCCAUCGUGAAUCUUGUACCAAACUACUACAGGACUUGUGAUGAUGAUGUUAAUGAUGGGGGACAGAGUUUGGUACAGCUGAGAGGAGUUUUGAUAGCUUCACAUGUGGCUGCUUUACUCAAGGCUAGAGGGUUUGUAGUACAUGAUGUCAGACCCAACAUUCAGGGAGCACUUGGGGACUUCUGGGACAGUCUUUGUGAUGGUGUUCAGGCUUCAGCAGUGGAUUUAGUCUCAGCAACUCAGGAGAAAAUUCUUCAGGCAACAGCUGAGUCUAAAUAUAGAAUAUCAAACAUUCAGGAGAGAAGACAUUUGUCAUCUCAUGAUGAUGAAGGUAUGAAGCACUGUGAAAGACGUGACGAGGGUAUAAAUGCAUCAGGCGAUAGACUGGCAAAAACUGGAGAGUUUGUCCUGCUGGAUCUGAAGAAAUUCAUUGAUGAGAAUAACCUACAAACUGGUAAAGAAUGGUAUGAUCCAAAUCUGAAGACUGUAACAGUUCUUGAAGGGCACCAGCCAACCAGGCUACUAGAAGAAGUUAUUUUUCUACAAAGGACCUUAGACUCUGUGCAGACCAAGCAGGCACCUGUUGUGGUUCACGUGGCCAGCCAUGGGAGGUCAUUCCACAGUCAGCAGGUGGACAUGACCUGGAGGACAUUGAACCCAUGUGAGGUCACAACCUCUCAGACCCAUUUGGUGUACAACUCUGUAGCAGCCAGAAAAUCUACCUCUACAACAGAACAGCUCACAGCACAGGACUUCUGGAGACUGAGGCAUGCCCAGAUGAGGGAAGCUUCAGUACUUAAGUACGGGGAUGCAGUGCAAGGUGCAGGAUGGGAAGACACCAUCACUGCCAUGACGGCCGCUGCCAUCAAGUUUGAGCUGCUCUUCACUUCCUGUCAGAACAUCGCUAAGCUGGACCUGUCCAUUAAGGAAAGUGGGGAGGGGCCACAGGAUAACAAGGGAGGGGCGUUCAUCCUGUACAACUGUGCUCGGCUGGCUACACUCUUCAAACACUACCAGGAGGAUGUACAAGCAGGUGUUUAUCCAGAUCUUCCAGACAUCAGCAGUGUGGAUUUGUCACUUCUUAAGGAGGAGGAGGAGUGGGAGCUCCUGUUUAACUACAUCCUACCAUACCCUUACCUGGUACAGGGUACCAUUGUGGAGGUGAACAAGACAAGGGCUAAGAUACUCACUCAUCAGGUGUGCAGUUUCCUGAUUGCUCUGAGUCGAGACCUGAGUUCCUACUACAGGAGAGUUAGGGUGCUGCUGGAGCCCAGGGCUCACCUGUUGCCCGUGAUGUUCGCCAGACUCCACCUGCUGAAGGGAGUCCAGCAGGUCAUGCAUAAUGGACUGUCCCUGCUGGGGAUACAACCCUUAGCUCAGAUGUGAUGCAAAAUGGACCACCCCCAAAGACACAAUGAGAGACUGUUAGGGAUGUAGUGCCAUCACCUAACACACGAUUGUGAUCCACUUACGCCAUCUAGUGUUUGAGAGAGAAACUGCAUGUCACCAGAUCUUUAUUUUUUACCUAGCAGAUCGAGUUAGAGUAAAUGCACAAAAACCUAUGAACUCUAGAAAUAAAUGUAGACUUCUCAUAUAUAUGACUUUUCUUCCCUGAACUAAAAUU